AUGAGAUAAACACAAAAGGUCAUGCUAGCUUUUUCAGAAGCAACUACAAGUGAAUUAAAUGAAAUAUUAGAGCAUCGGUUCUUUAAGGAGAAGAAGUCACCAAAAUCAAAAUCUAAAACCAGUUUAUCGAAAUAGUAAUCUACUGCUCCAAUGUCUGCCAUUAAAUAGGAAAAUAGUGGAACUAAGAAUAUCUAUGAGAUUAUCAAGUAAAUGCGAUUGGAAAGGAAUGCUCCUGUUGAUCUUGUUGGCCCUUAAAAAUGCUUUGAUAAAGAUAAGGAUAUAGAAACUUAAAGAUUUUAGAUCUUAACUAGUUUGAUGUUGAGUCCAUAAACCAAGGACGAUGUGACAUCCAAAUGUGCUAACAGACUCUUGGAAUAUACCAUGAAUGAUAUUGCAAAUAUGGAUGAGCCAGAAUUGAUUAAGUUGAUUUAUGAAGUUAAUUUUAAUGUCACUAAAGCAAAAAGAAUUAAAGACUUGGCCUAAUUAGCAAUUUAUAAAGGAAUGCCAAAAACCUUCGAGGAAACUAUUAAGAUAAAAGGUGUAGGGGAAAAGAUAGCAUUAUUGUAUAUGCAGGUAGCAUUCUAAAGAGUCGAAGGAAUCCCAAUAGAUGUCAAUAUGAUUAGAAUUUGCAAUAGAAUUCCUAUAUUAAAAGAGAAGUCUCCGACUAAAUUAAGAAAGUUUUUAGAAUCAUAGUUUGAGCAUAAGGAAUGGGGAGAAAUAAAUGAAACAUUAGUAGGAUUUGGAUAAUAAAUUUGUUUACCUAAACCUAAAUGUGAUUAAUGUAAAUUAAAGGAUAUUUGUGAGUAUUAUAAAUUACAAAACACUUCUGACUGA